UUGCAGCUUUGGGCAGACACAAGCACAACACAAAACCAUCAUUCCACGAGCAGAUCGACAGGACCGGGAAGAGCAAGUUUAGGAGCGACCAACGAACGAUGAAGAGUAGCACGCUGGUGGCGGUCCUACUUCUCCAGACCGUCAUGGUCAUGGGGAUCCUCGCACACUCACAGCCCGCGGACGCGCACGACGAUUUCCCCAAGUGCUGCGACCACUGCAACUCCUGGUCGGGGGCCCAAUUCUGCGACGACGUGGGCCCCAAGUGCCGCGACGGCUGCGUCAACUGCCGCGUGGUGCAGACGCGCCCCGUGAAGACGUUCCGGUGUGGAGAUGGACGCUCCGCCUUCCCGUACAUUCCCUGCCCGCCGCCGUGCAAAAAGAACUGAUCGCUCCACCUCAUCACACAGUGACAUCGAUGUCCGGCCGGAAAAUAUAAAAUAAACAGCAACAACUGUCGUCGUUCUCUCUACUUUGAGAGAAAUAUACAGUAUAUAGUUGAUGUUGCUCCGUAAUAAAUAAAUAAAUAAGCUUUGUAAAACCUGGUUCCAUGUCGCGCUGGUAGGCUCGGAGUUAGUUGAGACUGUUUAAUAAAUUACAGUGAUUCAAAAAAAAGUUUAUGUAUGGUCUCUGCUCAAUCGAAUGAAAAUCAGUUUAUUUGUGCGAUA